UCUCAGGCGCUGUACUUACCUUACUUGAGGUGGCUCAUCCCUCUGCUUUAUCAUCACGACUUAUCGUGGUCCAAUCCUUCCCAAAAAGUAACGCCAUCACCUGUUCUGCAAAGUUUUCACAUCAAGCCUUCUUCAUUCACGCCAAGAUGCUUGCCAGUCGCGUGACUUUGGCAUCUCGCCAUGGCAGCCGCGCCCAAUUUGCUGCAAAGACUCCCGAUAUCCGGAAACUUGCGACAGUAGCCCCCGUGAGCUCUGCUGCUCGGAACCAUAAGGUUGUUGUCGUCGGGGGAGGCAGUGCCGGUCUCACUAUUAGCCACCAGCUGUUGCGAUCUGGUCGAUUUUCUCAGGAUGACAUUGCAGUCGUCGACCCGGCCGAAUGGCACCAUUAUCAACCUGGCUGGACGUUGGUUGGCGGUGGCCUGAAGUCGAAGCAAGAAUUGCGAAGGCCACUCGAGAGUCUGGUUGACCCCAAGCUUAAGUUCUACAAGCAGGGAGUGAGCUCUUUCGCACCCGAAGACAACAACAUCAAGCUUGGAAAUGGCGAUAAACUUGGCUAUGAGCAGCUCGUUGUCGCUCCCGGUAUCAACAUCGAUUACGGCAGCGUCAAGGGCCUGCCCGAGGCUCUUGCAGACCCGGGCUCUCUUGUGUCUUCUAUCUACGGCUAUGAUACUUGUGACAAGGUCUUCGGCACCUUCGGAAGACUUCAGAAAGGGAAUGCAAUCUUUACCCAACCUGCCGGCGUGAUCAAGUGUGCUGGCGCACCCCAGAAGAUCAUGUGGCUUGCCCUCGACUACUGGAAGCGUGCAGGCUUGUAUGACCCCAAUGACCCUGCAAGCUCGCCCAUCAAGAUCAGCUUCGCCACUGGCCUACCCACUAUGUUUGGUGUCCCCAAAUACAGCGCAAAGCUUGAAGAAUUGCGCAAGGAGAGGGGCGUCGAGGGGCUCUUCCAGCAUGAUCUCCUUGCCGUGGAUGGUAACACAGCCACCUUCGGACGCCCUGAUGGAAAAGAGAAGGUCACAAAGCAGUUUGACCUCAUGCAUGUCGUUCCGAAGAUGGGGCCCCAUACUUUCGUCAAGAACAGCCCUCUCGCCGAUGCCGCUGGCUAUGUUAGUGUCGAUCAAGCAACAACCCGUCACACCAAAUUCCCCAACGUCUGGUCGGCAGGUGAUGCAUCCAGUCUACCCACCUCUAAGACCGCCGCAGCAAUUACAUCCCAGGCUCCCAUUCUUGUCAGCAACCUGCUGCGGUCUUUGGAUGGCGCCGAGCCUCAACCUUCGUACGAUGGCUAUACGUCAUGCCCGAUCCCUACCGAAUAUGGCAAACUUUUGCUUGCCGAGUUCAAGUAUGGUGGAGUUCCCAAGGAAACUUUUGGCGAUCUUAUCGGAUUUGAUCAAGCAGUUCCCCGACGUGCGUUUUACCACUUGAAGAAGGACUUCUUCCCGUGGGUUUACUAUACGUCCAUGGUCAAGGGAACUUGGGGUGGACCCAACGGCUGGAGAAACUGAUCUCGCAAUUUGAGCAUGUGUAUCAUGUACUAGCUAUGUAUUCCUGAGAGUAGUUUGGCGACAAAAGUCUUGAAUCCGCAUUCGUUUCUGAUCGACCUUAAAGAGCUCUCAAUCCUGGCUAUGUUGUUCAAUUGCCAGAUCAAUUUCGCUUGCUUACAGCCCCUCCGAGGGCAUGCACUAUCCCAUUAGGUGAUAGGCACGGCGUCGGUACAUUGGAUCGCGAAAACAAUCAGGAAUAUAGUCAAUCAUGCGUUAAUACAGCA